UUCUUCGAUUUUUCAUUUUGCCCGCUCACGGGCGCGCGCCGACUUUCCUCGUGUCCCUUAUCCUCUAUGUGUGUGUGUGUAUGUCGGCCUGCAGACACGCGCCUGUGAUAAUGUGACGUUCUCUCGAAACUCAGCUUGGACGAUUUCGAAUAUGUGUGACUUCAGCUGGUGUGUGGUGAAUUGCAGUGAUAUGAGUGCGUGCGAGUUAUAAAAGGCAUCGAUGUUGGAGCUUUCGUCGAGUGUACUUUUCUGAAGAAUCAAGAGUUUCAGUCGCCGACAAUAAUGCCUAGAUUAGUUUGGCUGGAGCUAACUUUUAUUGCUUUAAUUUUAACUGGUGCAAAAUGUUUGAAAAACGUUAGACUGGAAGUAAGCCCACAGGCAGUGGAGCAAGGCCAGGAAGCGACGCUCAGGUGUUUCUACGAAUUAGAGGAGGCGCCCCUCUAUUCGCUCAAGUACUACCGGGGCUCCUUUGAAUUCUACAGAUAUUCACCCAGCGAAAAUCCCUCGACGAAGAUCUUCAACUUUUCUUGGAUCGAUGUUGACCCGGAGCUGUCGAACGAGAGCCAAGUGACGAUUCGGAACGUCGAUUUUCAAUUGGCCGGCAACGUCAGCUGCGAAGUGACCACCGAUGCGCCGACUUUCUCCACGGCUAGCAGCACAAAAACCCUCAGUGUCGUUUCUAUACCGAAGGGUAAGCCUGUCCUCGCCUCGGAACGCAACCGCUACGAGCCUGGAGAGACUCUGAGGGCCAACUGCAGCAUGCCAUUGUCGAGGCCACCGGCACAAAUGUACUUUACGCUCAACGACGAUUUGGUCAGCGAGGCCUACGUCAGCCCCGUGAGUCGCGAAAAGAAGCUGCAGCGAGGCCAGAAACACAGCGGCGCAUCGAUGGCCAGGUCCGUGGGAACGACCGAUCGAGUCCAGCAGCUGCACAGGUACCCCGCCGAAACGAGCCAAGCCAUCGAGCUGAGCAUCCCCCUGCAGACCUUCCACUAUCGGAGUGGCCUGUUGAGUCUGCGCUGCGUCGUCAAGAUCGCCGGCGUCUACGAGCAGUGGAGCGAGCUUCAGUUGGGCGCCAGUCCUUGGGAACCCGUGCCCGAACGAGUCAGGUCGGACAGUGUAUGCAACCAGAGUCACAGGAUCAUCGAUUUGACGAUACUUGGCCUCCUUUUGCUUCUCCUAAGCUCGAGGUAGUCAAUGUAACACCGAACACCCAAUGGAUCGCUGCAGUAUUAAUGGAGUACGUAUUUACUUCUGCUGAUAAUUAAUUGUACAGAAUCAGGUACUUAUUUAAGAUGGCUAGUGAAUAUGUAAGUUUUACUUAUCAAUUUUUUUGUCACCCGGUUGAAAAAAAUACCAGUAAAUCAAAAUAGUAUCAACGACAUAAGCAUUAGAAUAUAAAUGAAAUUUAGGUGCCAGUAAAGUUUUGUAAAAACUCUAUCGAUCACUGACCGAAAAAACUUUCAAGUUUUCUGUUAUGAAGUAUUGACGUUGUUCGAUAUUUACUUAAUUUUUAUUUCAUUAUGUUUAUUUAUCAUGUUAUUUAUAUAAUUAAUAUUUAUUCAAAUAUUUAAUUUUAAUUUCAAUAAUUUAUUCAUCUAUUUAAUUAAUUAUUAAUUUUGUACGAAGAUAAAUAUGUCAUGCAUCCAUGUAAAGUUUUUUGUAAUGUAUAAUAUUAAAAAUACCAUUAAACGAAAAUCAAAAUAACGGUUAAUUAUUGUAUAAAAAUGAAACAUUCUUUUCAUGAAUACAAAAAUGAAUGUAAUAUGUUUCUUAUGAGAAAGAAAAACUAUAUUUUGUCAGUAUAAUCAUGCCCGUUGGACUGUUACAAACGAAGUUUAUAAAUACCCAAUAAAUUUAUCCAAUAAAAAAAUUUAUUAAAUCGAAUGAUAUAAGGCGAUGGAAAGUUCGAUAAGUAUGUAGAUAAGGCUUGAUCGAUGAAUUAAAGUCAAUUAUAUUUUCAAAUUAUUUGUAAAUAUCAUCUGAGUUAAGAAUGAAAAAUGUAUGAUACUUGAAAAUCCACGUCAACUUAAUGAUGUACAUAAUUUUAAUUUGAUUAAUAAACAGUUACAAAGUAAUGUUAAAUUUAAAUAAAAGAUAUUUUAUUGACUGGAAAACUGAAAUUAUUUAUAGUUUUACAAUAACUAGUUUUUGAAGUAUAAAAAAAAUAGGUACGACUUAGUGAGGUACAUUUGAAAGUGUUAGGUACAUGAUACAUUACAGAGUGUAAAAAGUCUUCAAAUUGCCAAUAUUUGUUCAGAUAAGGCUAAUUAUAUUCAAGGUUACUGGAUUUCAAUGAUGAUAC